GUGAGUCGAUAGGAAGACUGGGCAUGCUCUGUGGCGGCGCAGGUCUUGGUCACAAGUAGGAAGAAGCUAGUGCACGACACCGGUAAAGAGAAGCGAGAGCCGCUGCCGCACAGUGCCUGUGGGGUCCGUCGCCGCCGCCUGGGUGCAGGAGCGGGGCGGGAGCCGGAGCGGGCAAGGGGCGAGGCCACCGGGCCGAGAGCCGCCCAGCCUGCCCUCCCGUCCUCUGCCUGUGUCCGCGCGGCGCGCCGGACCCCUGAGUCGGUCACCUGGGCAGCAAGGACCCCGCGCAGGGGAGCGGAGCGGACCGUCCCUCCGCCGGCUGCGGCCCAAGGGCGCCCCCGCGGGGCGGAGCGGCCGCUGCCGCCGCCGCCUUCUGCGGGCAGCUGAGUGUCCGGCUUGCGCCUGAGCGAGCGGCCGCCGUCAGCCCCGAGGAGAAGGAGGGGGCAGCCAUGGGGCUGCUGUCCCAGGGCUCGCCGCUGAGCUGGGAGGAGACCAAGCGCCACGCCGACCACGUGCGGCGGCACGGGAUCCUCCAGUUCCUGCACAUCUACCACGCCGUCAAGGACCGGCACAAGGACGUGCUCAAGUGGGGCGACGAGGUGGAAUACAUGUUGGUGUCUUUUGAUCAUGAAAAUAAGAAAGUCCGGUUGGUCCUGUCUGGAGAGGAAGUUCUUGAAACUCUACAAGAAAAGGGGGAAAGGACAAACCCAAACCAUCCUACUCUGUGGAGACCAGAGUACGGCAGUUAUAUGAUUGAAGGCACACCUGGACAGCCGUAUGGAGGAACGAUGUCCGAGUUCAACACAGUCGAAGACAACAUGAGGAAACGUCGGAAGGAAGCGACUUCUUUAUUAGGAGAAAACCAGGCUCUCUGCACAAUAACUUCAUUUCCCAGAUUAGGCUGUCCUGGGUUCACGCUGCCAGAGUUCAAACCCAGUCCAGUUGAAGGAGGAGCUUCCAAGUCCCUCUUCUUUCCUGAUGAAGCCAUAAACAAGCACCCUCGCUUCAGUACCCUAACAAGAAAUAUCCGACACAGGAGAGGAGAAAAGGUUGUCAUCAAUGUACCAAUAUUUAAGGACAAGAAUACACCCUCUCCAUUUAUAGAAACAUUUCCUGAGGAUGAGGAGGCAGCCAAGGCUUCUAAGCCUGAUCAUAUUUACAUGGAUGCCAUGGGAUUUGGGAUGGGCAAUUGCUGUCUUCAGGUAACGUUCCAAGCCUGCAGCAUAUCUGAGGCCAGAUACCUGUAUGAUCAGUUGGCCACUAUCUGUCCAAUUGUCCCACUGAAGAACAAUAACUAUAGGAUCAGUAAGUCCCGGUACGAUUCGAUAGACAGUUACUUAUCUGAGUGCGGUGAGAAAUACAAUGACAUCGACUUGACGAUAGAUAAAGAAAUCUACGAACAACUGUUGCAGGAAGGCAUUGAUCAUCUCCUGGCCCAGCAUGUUGCUCAUCUCUUCAUUAGAGACCCACUGACUCUGUUCGAAGAGAAAAUACACUUGGAUGAUGCCAAUGAAUCUGACCAUUUUGAGAAUAUUCAGUCCACAAAUUGGCAGACAAUGAGAUUUAAACCCCCUCCUCCAAACUCAGAUAUUGGAUGGAGAGUAGAAUUCCGACCCAUGGAGGUUCAGUUAACAGACUUUGAGAACUCUGCAUAUGUGGUGUUUGUGGUGCUGCUUACCAGAGUGAUCCUUUCAUACAAACUGGAUUUUCUCAUUCCACUAUCAAAGGUUGAUGAAAACAUGAAAGUUGCACAGAAACGCGAUGCUGUCUUGCAGGGAAUGUUUUAUUUCAGGAAAGAUAUUUGCAAAGGUGGCACCGCCGUGGUGGACGGCUACAGCAAGGCCCAGAAGAGCACGGAGCAGGCAGUGGAGGAGUACACCCUGAUGAGCAUAGACACCAUCAUCAACGGGAAGGAAGCUGUGUUUCCUGGGCUGAUCCCGAUUCUGAACUCUUACCUCGAAAACAUGGAAGUGGACGUGGACACCAGAUGCAGUAUUCUGAACUACCUAAAGCUAAUUAAGAAGAGAGCAUCUGGAGAACUAAUGACAGUUGCCAGGUGGAUGAGAGAGUUUAUCGCAAACCAUCCUGACUACAAGCAAGACAGUGUGAUAACUGAUGAAAUGAACUAUAGCCUUAUUUUAAAGUGUAACCAAAUUGCAAAUGAAUUAUGUGAAUGCCCAGAGUUACUUGGACCAGCAUUUAGGAAAGUAAAAUACAGUGGAAGUAAAACUGACUCUUCCAACUAGACCUUCUGCCAAAGGAAAAACACAUUACUAUUUUAUUGGAGAACUGACUGCAGUACUCCUCAGCCCCUGUGUGUGGGAUGAAGACCAAAUUCUAGAAUGGCACCGUCUGUUGGGCCAGUCGGCCAGAGAUGGGUUUAGAGGCUUUCUUUCAGUAGGUAAAUCUAGAGUUUAUACAGCAUACAUGUACAUAGUAAAAUAUUUUUAUGAUUAACAACGUAUUUUAAUAACAUUGUAUCUAAAGUCCUUGUGAACCGGCUUGUACAUUUUUCAAUUCUUACUCUGGAAUACCUACUGUCUGAGCAGUUUUGUAAAUGUAAUGUACUCAUCACUGUACUAUACCUGCAUUCCAGAGUUUAAGAUGUUUACUGUAAAUUUUUGGGUUUUUUUUUUUUUAAAAAGACUUUACCUGGGACCUGAUUCACUGAAAUUUAUCACUUCUCUUUAAAAACACUUGGUCUUGUUAAUUUUCUUUGAGUCUUCUCCUUUGUUGUGUACUUAAAAUCACUGUUGAAUCCCUUGAAAUGCUUCUAGGGUAACCUUGGGUUUCUGGCACCUUGUCUCUAAUGUUUCUUUUGUAAUUGGAAUAGCUAACAGCUUGGUCACCCUGCCUCAAGCUUUCACCUCUAAAUAAAAUCCAUUGAACUGAAGGCUGUUAUAAAAGGUACUUCUUUGUUUAAAUUUGCUGAUUUAGGCAUUAAGUUUAAAGAGCAGUCUGUGGGAGGAAAGACUAUUACUUUGAAUUCACCUGUGGUGAACUGGGGGGUGAUUUUUUUUAUUAAUUAAAAAAGGGGGCAGAAUUAUUUCUCUUCCUGCACAUACCAGGAGUAAUGUCAGAAAUAGCACCAGCUCUUCUCUUGUGGCCCCUGUUGGUUCUGAUCGCUGCUAUAUAUAUAUAUAUAUAUAUAUAUAUACACACACUUCAAUUUUCAAAUCAAAAGCAGUUGCUCAGGUCUUUGUUACUUUUUCUCUAGUUUCCGGUAAACAUAUUGACAUUCUCCUAAAGACCAUUCUAGAUUUUACCUGGGGAAUAUUCCACAUAAUGCUUACCUUCUCUGUGAAAACCAUGAAUGAAUCAUGAUGUGCACUAAGUUUUGUGAAUCAGGACCCUACGUGUUUAAUUGUAAAUAAUUUAAGUUUACAUAAUUGUUAGUGCUUUUUGUUGAGGUUUUUUUUCCCCAAUUAGGUCCUAACUGCUUCUGAAAUAACUAUGUAUAGCAGAUUAUGCAAACUUUUACAGGCAUAAAUAUUUAAGUUGUAAUGCUAAUUUUAACAAACUGCGAUAAAGCUGCUUCAGCUAAGCCUGUUUGUGUAUAAAUACUAUGCUUUGUGCGAUGUUUCAUACAUGUAUUUUGAAGGAUUUAAGAAUGCCUGUUUUUCAUUUGCAGUUUGCUUGUGUAAAUCAGGUUGUAAAAAGGCAGAUGAACUAAAAAUGUUUGUGGUAUGAGGAAAUAAAAGAAUGGAAUUAGCAUUCUGA